AUGACUAGAACAACACCAUAUCGAUUAGUAUUUGGUCAAUAUCCUCAAGCUGAUUUACAACUAAUUACAAUACUUUAUCAACAAAACAUUGUUAAAGAAGAAAAUAUUCCUUUAGAAAAUCAAACACAAACUAAUCA